AUGAAGACCCUUGCCCCCCUCGAAACUGGCGCCUUCGGGCUUUAUGCCCAUGAUGUCUUCGAUUUGGGCCAGCUUCAAUCCAACCUCGUCGUCGUCGUCGUCGACCACGACCACGACCACAACCACCAGGAAGAGACCUCUGGUCGAGGGAGAAGAAGAAGAGAAUGUGGGCGUGUCUGCCCCUUCUCUCGCCGCCGUGCCUACUGUUGUUUCAUCAGUCCAGCUGCACCUCGCUCCUCCCCCCUUCGCUCACACACUUCCUGCUCCUCAUCGAUGUUCACUUUUAUACCUCCCCCGCGAUGCCGUCUCGCAAACAGAAGCAGGCGCAGCGCGACGCGAAGAAGGCCGCUCGGUUCUCUCGCGUUGGUCGACUCUCCGCCAGAGAGGAUCGGUGCAUGCACUGCUUUCGUUCGGCGAUCAAGGCCAACCUCGACCACCUCAAGCCUGCGACAAGCCGCCUUCCCCCCGUCGAUCUGA